ACAAGCAACUCAUACCUCAAAGCAAAAGAACCAGCAAUCUGCUUAAGAUGCGCGCAUUCAUUGUCCUGUGUUUGGUGGCAGUCACCUGCGCCGAUAAGCUCGGCUACAACUACCAGCCCGUUGGCCACUCCAGCUCCGGACUGUCCUUCGCUCCUGGCAGCGGCUCUAUCAGUGGUGGAUCUAUUGGAGGAGGCUCCAUCGGAGGAGGUUCUAUUGGAGGAGGCUCUAUUGGAGGAGGCCUCAUUGGUGGUGGCUCUAUCGGAGGAGGAAGCAUCGGAGGUGGAUCCCUUGGUGGUUCCAUCGGUGGUGGCUCCAUCGAUUCCGGUCUUGGCGGUCUUGGUGGACUCGGUGGUCUAGGAGGUGGCGACGCUCUGGCCGCUCCAGUCUCCUACAACGCCCCCGCUCCCGCUGCUGAGCUCCAGAAGGAAUUCUUCACCUACUCCGCCAACGAGCAGGACUUCGAUGAGCCACAAGAACUGGAGCGUGUUGCUGGAUCCGUAAACAAGGGACUGCGCGUUGUCUUCAUCAAGGGACCCGAGAACCGUGGUCUGGAGAACGCUGCCCUGGCCCUCGCCAAGCAGGCUGCCCAGCAGGAGACCGCCAUCUAUGUCCUGAACAAGCAGGCUGAUAUUGGAGAUCUUGCCCAGAAACUGAACGCCAUCCGCAACAACAACAACAACAAGCCCGAGGUGCACUUCGUCAAGUACCGCACUCCCGAGGAUGCUGCCAACGCCCAGCGCGCCAUCCAGGGUCAGUACGACCAGCUGGGAGGAUCCUCUCAGGCUCAUGAUGGUGGUGUUGCACCCGCCCUGAACUUCGCCUCCGCUGGACCCGUCCAGAAGGCUAACGCCCAGAUCCCCGACAACGCCUACCUGCCCACUUCUGUGUUCCGUCGUCUGCGUUUCUAGGAAGGCUACAUCUUGGACUCCAUUAACUUAAGCAAAUCUCGACUGAAGAACUCAUUCUUCCUGUUACACGUUGUUGACUAAUGCAUAAUUACACCAAUAAAUUUGAAAUUUAAAUAC